GCGGCGCUGCAGCAAGCGAUGGAGGAGGAGGACGAUGACGACGACGAGGAGGACGGACAGAGUCCUGGCGAUUCGGCGCGGGCGGAGGCGGCGCGGGCGGAGGCUGCGCGAGCGGAGGCGGCUCGGGCGGAGGCGGCUCGGGCGGAGGCUGCGCGGGCGGAGGCUGCGGCGCAGGCGAUUGAAGCGGAGGCGGCGAAGACGGGCCGAGCGGCGGCGGCCGCCGGAGCUGCGGAGGCGGCGGAGCCCCAGAAGGCGGACCAGAAGCCUGACCGGCGGUGCGCAGCGUGGGCGAGGGGCGGCGAGUGCGAAAAGAACCCAGGCUUCAUGCACCACCAUUGCGCGGACGCGUGCGCGGAGCUGGGGAGGGGCAAGCCGCAGGCAACGCCCGCCGCAGAGAAGGUGGCGGAGGUGGCGGAGCCGGGGCAGGAAGCGGCGUCGCAGGGAUCAGCCUCGCCCGAGCCGGCGGCAAAUGCGGCGAAGGCGGCGCCAGCGGCGGUCUCGGAGGAGUCUGGGAAGGAGGACAAGCGCUGCAAGGGUUGGUCCGACUCGGGAGAGUGCGAGAAGAAUCCCGUCUACAUGAGCAACACUUGCGCGCAGGCUUGUGCGGCGAGGAAGAAGCUCCUUGCCGAAAAGCAGCGCACCAUGCCGAGCUCGGAGUAGGCGCCGGCGAGUUAGAGUAGCCUUCUGCUUCUCGUCCCCGGCGGCCCGGUUUGGGUUUCCUCUGUCUGGGGUAUCUUGCUGUGACCUGACAACUGUGACCUCGGGUAUAGAAUUGUGUGCCGUUAGCGUGCUACCGAUACUAUAGGAAUUAUGCAGUUU